UAUCAAAGAUUAAAUAAGCAUCUUUUGGUACUCUAUUAAAGCUAGUCAAGGAAUAUGGAGUCUUAUUUACUAGCGAUAUUAUCAAUGAAUAUUCCCGUUGCUAUGUUUCCUGUACUAUUCUUCUUGAACGCCAUUAUGAUAAUACCAGAAGUUUAGAUAGAGAGUAAGGUUUGAAGUGAACGCUUUCCUCUUUACCACCUUGUGAUUGCUGAUGAAGGGCAAUCGUUCACGUGAUUUGUCGGAGAUGCACGUCAAAACAUAAUAAGGGUUCAAACGUUGCAUAUUAUCUAGACCAAUAUAAAUGUAGUAUACAGCCUGCAGUUAAACUAAAACCUGAAACAAUUUUUUCAUUCAUUAAAUCUGUUGCGACGAUCGCAAUGAACAGAACACAAACCUGACGGAGAGUGGUCUCAGAUACUCUAGCCGAAUAUCCUCUCAUCGAAUAUCCGAAUGCCAAUACGCACAUGUCACUCGUGACAGAAGCUGCUUGUUGUCCCGUCAUCUUUGAGCUCUUGUUUUGCCACAUCAUUGUCGAGGCUCUGUAUAAAAGUUUUAAUCUAAUUUUAUCCCUUCCAAAACUAUCAUGCCUACUCACAGUCGGUAUCUACUGUCGGUACUUCCCGUUGAGUUUUCCAUGUGUUAUCAGUAGUGCGUACAGUGGGCUUACCCAACAGGAAGAAUUUUUGUAUCAUUUCCAAUGAUAAGACUGCCUGCAGAUGGUUAAUCUACAGUAGCAUUUCGUCGGGACCUAUAAAAGAGAAGCUUCUACGUUCUUUCUUCACUCAGUGUCGUCAGGAUGAAAACCUUCGUGCUACUAGUUGCUCUGUUCGCUGCGGCCAACGCCGACAUCGAUUGGUCCAAGGUGCGCCCGAUCGAGGAAUUCGAUCACUACUGGGCCCGUCUCCCGCAGGAGCUUCAAAUCUACCGUCAUGCCAUACCAUCGCAUCGUAUCGUCAACGGCCAGGAGGCUACUCCCGGUCAGUUCCCAUACCAGAUUGCCCUGUUGAGCAACUUCCCCACUGGAACUAGUCUGUGCGGAGGUUCCGUGCUCACCAACAACUACAUCCUGACUGCUGCCCAUUGUGUCAUCUCUGGCGCUACGACUCUGGCUCUCGGAGGUACUGCCAUCAUGGGUGCCCAUAACCGUAACGUUGUCGAGCCUACUCAGCAGCGUAUUGAUUUCACGACCGCCGGAAUCGUUGCCCACCCGGGUUACAAUCCAACCAACAUCCGCAACGACAUCGCCGUCGUCCUUCUGAACUCUCCGAUCAUCUUCACCGAUCGCAUCCAGCCUGCUCGUCUACCCGGUCGCUCGGAUACUCGUCAGUUCGGUGGAAUGACCGGAACCGUUUCUGGAUUCGGACGUACCACGGAUACUGGUGCCACCUCGCCUGUUGUGAUGUUCACCAGCAACCCGGUCAUGACCAACGCUGACUGUAUUGCCAGCUGGAACACUGCCCUUAUUCAGCCCCAGAACGUGUGCCUGAGCGCAGAAGGUGGUCGUUCAUCGUGCAACGGUGACUCCGGUGGCCCGCUUGCCGUCCAGGAUGGUGGAAGCCUCCAGAUUGGUGUUGUGUCGUUCGGAUCUGCUGCGGGUUGCUCGGUUGGCAUGCCAUCGGUGUACGCUCGCGUGUCCUUCUUCCUGGACUUCAUCGAGUCCAACUCCGACUUCACUGCUGCUGCUUAAGAUGUUCAAAAUACAAGCAUACGUUUCAUAAAAGGAUAAUCAUAUUUUGUACAUUAUUUGUUUUUUGUUAAACGUACAAUACAGUACAGUUUGUAGUAGUUAUCCUUUCGAAAUAAUGGUGACGUAUGGUCUUCUAUGAGGUGAUUAGUAGAUCUUUUAGCGUCGACUUCUUUGUUAGCGGAUUCUCUGUCCACCGUGGACAGAAGAGCUCAUGAGCAUGCACAACACGAAUGAUCCUUGAACACGUUAGUUUCAGAGAUGCUAGUCAUGCUAUCAUCUCUGACACUUUCACAAAGGUUUCUCUUGAGAAUUCGAUUAAUGAAAUAUAAAUUCUGAUGGAGUAAAUUGAGGUGAGACAUUGUUGAACGUGUAUGUGUGUGCACAUGAAUAAGGACAAUAUUUUCAUUUAUUAAGGUUCAUAUCUUUUUCAGUGGCACUACUUAUGUAAAAAGACUAUAUGUAAAGAUGUCAAUUAUAACACGGUGGUUACUACUUUAAUAUCAAAGAUUAAAUAAGCAUCUUUUGGUACUCUAUUAAAGCUAGU